GCUCUCUCAGCCCAAGUAUGGCAUCGGUCUUGAUAACAGGUGCCUCCCGCGGCUUCGAACUUGCGCUCGUGCGCGAACUCUCCUCCCGCCCAGCAACAGAGAUCAGCAAAGUCUUUGCUACCGCACGAGGCGACUCAUCGCCCUUGAGCGAGCUUGCCACUGCCUCAGCAGGACGAGUCUCAGUGGUCCAACUUGACGUUACAGACGAUUUAUCCACCCGGAACGCUGCGGCCGAGGUCGAGACGCAGCUUAGCGGCAAGGGACUGGAUAUCUUGAUCAAUAAUGCUGGCAUCUGCCAGUACGUCGGCGAUGGGGUGAAAUUGAUGGAUAAUCUCGCAGAGAGCUUCACCAUUAAAGCCCUCGGUGUCCACUACGUGAUGCGGGCUUUUCUACCCCUUUUGCAACGCGGUUCCCUCAAGAAGGUGGCGAAUAUCGCAACCUCGUUCGCCUCCAUUACCCUAGCUCGCGCGUCCCACGACGUCCCCGCCCCAGCGUACAAGAUCUCCAAGGCCGCCCUGCACGCGCUCACCGUGCAGUAUGCUCUGGACCACGAGAAAGACGGCUUCGCCUUUGUGGCCAUUGCUCCUGGUUGGAUGAAAACUGAUCUUGGCGGCGGCGACAUCGCCGACCUGACGCCCGAGCAAGGGGCCAAGGCGUCGUUGGAGAUUCUGUUCCGACGGAAUGCCGAGAUAAACGGGCAGCUUUCUAAGGUGUUGGUCCCCGGGUGGGAGAAUGCCACGGUUUGGAAUGUUUACGAUGGGACGAUGGUUCCAUGGUAG